AUGUUCGGUGUGCAGAGAAUAAGAUAUGGUAUACAGAGUGUGAUAAAUGUAAGCAAUUUGACAUCAGUCUUGAACGAUACAGAUUUGCGAAAGGAAAUAAAACAGGAUAUUCCGGUGUAUCUAGAGGAUGGGUAUUUCAUUCCUGUAUUGAUUAUAACAUUUUUGGGAAUAUUAGGGAAUCUACUCACUCUUUUGAAGAUCGUGUUCAACAAAGCAUUUCAUCGAACUGUUUUUAUUGUCAUUGGAACAAUAAUAUUCACGGAUAUUGUGAAUUUGUUUCUUUACCUUCUUCAUGCCGGAUGGAACAAAGUUCACUUUCAGUUGGAAAAGGUCCCAUGCGCUACCUUUCUGGUUGUCUUUUAUGGCGUCGCCCACGCCUGUGCUGCUCAUGUGGUUUUCUUGUUCGGACUCCGAUUUUACAUGGUGGUCGAGCCCAUAAAAUUUGGUCAAAUACGGAGUAGAUGGAUAAUUUUGUCAUCCAUUUCAUUGUGGGUCGUAAGUGGAUUCUUCUCGAUUGUUUACUAUUUGCUGCGAUACGAAUCUGGAAUUCAGACGCCGAUUUACGUCAUUGUGACGUUUCGUGUGUACCUGAUACUCGUUCCCUCUUUACUUAUUGUGAUUUUCCAUGUGAAGAAAAUCCAUGGACUCAAACGCACAUUGAGCAAACGUGGUGUACAAAACAGUAUGAUCAAAAUGUCCUUCGUUACUUCAGUAAUUCUUUUUUGCUAUAUGUCGUCUGCUAUUCUUUUUCUUGUGUGUUACAUUUUCUCAUUAUACAGAUUUCAGAAUAUUGAAAGAGAGUUACUAGUGGCGGCACAGCUGUCUUGGUUAUUAAAUGCUGUAUUAAGUCCAUUUAUUUAUUUCAUUGCAAUGCCACGAACUUAUAAAUGCUUUAUAUACAUUUUUACAUGGGUUCAUACAAUACUGUGUAGUCGUAGCAAACGAAGAGAAUUAGAAAUUCAGUAAAUACUGUAAAUAUGGAAAUUUACGUCCACUGAUACGUCCAAGUUAUCUGUCUGUGGUGCCAGUAUUGUCCACAAUCUAACAAAAAUUGUCGAAUGUAUUAGUUAAAGAAACCUGUCACAUAACCCCCUUGAGGUCGGUAAAUAUUCCUGGCGGUAAAUUGGCCCCUACACUUCCAUUUCGUCAUUGCUUUAUAUGUACAGAGACAAAAAAGUAUUCACAUGUACAUAGACAUGCAAAAAGUUUUCUUACAUCUAUGCAUAGAGACAUGCUAAAAGGGGGCGUUUGCAAAUACAUAUAAAUAUCAUACAAAACAAUAUCUUUCUACACAUCAUUAAUUUCUUCACUUUGUCUUAUUUGUAUCAAAUUUUCACCCUCUUAUGAUUUGAAGUUAUGUUUGUAUGUAAAUUUCAUUUCCCAAACUUAUUAAUAUGUGUAAUUAAAGUUAAACAGAAUUCAAAUUUUUACGGUUGUGGAUCUAAUAGAAUUAAAUACAUUCGCAAUCAGUAAUUGAAACUUUAUUAUGUGUAUAAAACAUGUAGGGAACAACAAAAUGAAUCGGUACAUUUUUGCAGGAUUCCAUACUUAGCAUUGCCCUGUCUUUUACAGCUGUUCAGUCAGCCAUUUGGAUAUUAUUGGCCCUCAGUUAAAACCAAUGCUAAUCCAAAUAACACUUCCGUUAAUGCAAUAUAAAACUACUCCAAAGUAAUAUCAAUUACGAUUCGAUUUUAUCUGAUUUGAGUAACUUACUGAACGCUAUGCGUUAAUCUCCAGGUUUUCGGUACUAUAAAUACUCAACCUUUCAAAGAUUUUGCUAUGUGACGUCAUGGAUUCGAGUUUUGGCUGCGACAGACGUGAUACAGUAAGUAGCCAUUAUCAUCUUGCCAAACUCCCGAGAAUACAAAAACUUAAGUAAACCGCAGUUCCGUGAUAUGGUAGGUGUUAAGAGCACCUGACGUAUAGGUCACAUUGACAUCUAAAUAUGAUUCAAAGAUUCCAUAAGGUGCAUUGAACCCCAGGCACUUUCAUUUAAGGUAUUCAAUGUAUAAUGACCAUAUUUCAUAUCUAAUAAAUGGAUGGUGGAAUUUUUGUAAUCAUGGUAUCAUUUUGAAAGGUUCAUCAAAUAAAAAUAAUCCACCAUAGGAAUUUUCAAAAUUUUGUUUACUGCUUGAUUUAUUUCACCUAGAAUUUAACAUUGAGGUAUAUGGGAAAAGCAUGUUUUAUUACAAUAUUUUAAGAAGAAAUUAUAUUUUCAUACAAAUCUCUUGGUAGAAAGUUACAUACACCUUCUCUUAAUGAAAAUAUGAAAUAAAAUUAAUCAUUGACCACACACAUUUUUAGAAAAUUAGAUUUUUCUUAUUUUUACAAAGGGCAGACAACUCUUCCAAAAAGUCUUAAGUGCAAAAAGGUCAGCUUCUAAUUAUUUACCAGUCAUGUAAAUUUCAUCUGCUUCACUUUCAUCAUUAUUUAACAAUAAAUAUUUAUGUUGAUCUAAAUCCUUCAAAAUUGUUCAUUAUCCUUUCAUUAUACAUGGAAUAUCUUAAGUCGGUUCUUUUACAUAAAUAUCAAGACGCCGCGGCUCAUCUAGUCGAUUAACGGGCUCAUCCUGACAUAGAUGUUAUGAGUCGACUUGAUCAUGACAAAAAUGAUAUGGGAAAUGUAAUUUACUUGAUAUCUGUCUGACAGGAAAGAAGAAGCCUUCCGUAUUUUUGUAUUGAAACCAUCCAAAAUGGAAUUUAACCCUGAUCAAGAUAAAAAUGGUUUUAUUGACAUGCUGUUUACGUAAUACACAGUAUAAUUAGCUAUAACAAUUUAAUUUUUUUCACACAUGCAUAUACGUUUGUAUUAAACAUAGCAUAAUACCAUUAUCGGUUCAUGUGAUUUGUAUAAUGUACUUUCUUGUUUCAUGAAAAUGUUGCAAUAAAACUUAUCAACACUGUU